AUGACUACUGUUUGGAACUUCCUCACUGGGUCCUCCUCACCCGAAGUCGACAAAACGAAACUCAAUCGAUUGCGCAACAACAUUCGACGUUCUCUACAGAAUAGCGUGAUCAGCGAAACUUGCUUUCUUCCCGAAAGCGACAUUCAAGGCCUUGUGACGCCCGACAAGGUAAAGCUAUUGUUGCCCAAUGCCAAGCCAGAAUUAGUAGACUUUAUAUGCAACGAUGCAAAAAAGCUCUUCUUGACUGCGUCCUUGCACCACGGUAACCUUCAGGACAUCAUGGGCACUUUCAAGGAUCAUGGCAUGACAGACGAGCACCUCCCGAUCCGCGACCUUACUUCAGAAGAUAAGUACUGCGAGGUUCACACUGAAGGACUUCAAAGAGUUUGCAGUCAUGAAAAGGCGUUGGAGGCUUUUCAUCGCUGGGAUGCUCAUGAUGUCUGGAACUUUUACAACGAUCAAUGGAUGUUUUGUGCACCAAUGCUCAGCAUGGAAUGCUCAUCUCAAGAAUUCCACCCUAAGCACAUACUGCCGUUUAUAGAGAAGGGUAAGACCCAGAAGGAUGGCCAUUUCAGUACCGUUUUUGAGGCUGUAAUUCAUCCUGGCCACCAAAUUGGCCGUGGGUCAUUAAAGCCAAACAUAAAUCAGACGCGGGUCGCUCUGAAAGAAUUGAAAAGCCUGAGCGAGCCAAAUUAUAACGUACAUGUAUCAUGGCUGAAUGAGGCAAAUGCACUCUUCCAGAUUGCUGAGCUUCGUCACAAACAUCUCAUUAGUCAGGCCACUGCCUUCAAACAAGGAGAAAGAAGGUUCAUUGUGCUCGAGUGGGCUAAUGGGGGCACUUUACGGGAUAUAUGGCAGAAUGAGCCUCACGACAGAUUUGUCCUAGACGGUGACAAGGUCAUGCGAGUCCUGGAAGAACUAACUGGGAUCGCAAGUGCGCUCUCGAAAUUACACGGCACUAACACCAGAACGAGAACUGCAAGGGCAACAUCCGCAGAUCUAAGAAAGAAGAACCCUCCGUCGAGAUCUAGAACAAUUUUACCACAGGGCCAAGGUGAUCGCUUAACUGUUCCAAAGAUACGCUUCGAGGGAGUAAGCUCAGACGACGAUUAUGACUCCAGCGACUACGGUGAAGAGCAGCAUUGGCGCCACGGGGAUCUUAAGCCUGACAAUAUCCUCCAUUUCAGAGAUGAAAUGUCUUCGUGGCUUGGAACCCUCAAAAUCGCCGACCUCGGUCUUGCCAAGCAACACGCAUUCGCUACUACCCAAAGACAGGACCCAACCCAGCAGAAAUAUACAACCUCUCACUACGAGGCCCCUGAAGUGAUCACCACCAUGAAUUCUCGAGUGCCUCGCUCACGCCGCUAUGAUAUAUGGUCUAUGGGCUGUAUCAUAUUUGAGUAUACGAUCUGGCUACUAUACGGCUAUGAAGAGGGACUGAAGAGCUUCUACAACGAAGGGAAGGAUAUCGAUGCGUAUCGAGAAACGCUGUACUUUACAGCUGAUCUCAGCACAAGGCAAGCUCAAGUGAGUAACGCGGCGCGAAGAUGGAUUGACCACAUCUUGGAAGUCGACCCGGAAUGCAAUCGUGCCACGCCAAGCGUGAUCAAAGAUCUUGUCAUAUUGGUUCGGGAUAAGCUCCUUGUUAUCGAUCUCCCAAAGGAAAACAUGAGCCAGGACGACAUCAAGCGAUGCCGUGCCAGUGCAGAUGACUUGGAAAGGGCCUUGCAAAAGAUCAAGAGAUUGGCCGCUGACGAUGAACAUAAAGGAGGUACAUACCUGUCUUCGGGUAAAAGUCGCCACGGAAUUUUGGCUCCUCGUCCUCAAAAGGUUCGUAGGCAGAGCUUCCUGUCGACCAGUUCAGGAUCAGCAUCGAAACCAUCAAAUCUGGUACAUUGGCGGCAAAUCGGAGGCGACAUUAGAUGGCUAACUGGUUCCGAUCCCAUCUUGUAUUAUAGACUAAAACUUGACUAUCGGAGCGACGAACCUAUGAUAAGGGAGACUAUGGCAACCAUGAGAUCCAAGAGUCAGCAGUGUGCGCUGCAUAGCCUUGUUUACCGCUCUAUUCCCCCAUCUGCUUACAACAGCAUGGAGGUUGUGCAUGUUCGGAGAUCUGACUCCUUACUUGUCAUGGACAAAUCGAAAAUACCCUUACUCUCACUUUCCAAAAUUUCAGAUAACUCAAAAAGAAACCAUCUACACUCUGAUGAUAUUUACUUUGGACUGCCAAAGCUUUUUCCACCCAAAAGUGCCCCGUUUUACGACCUCCUUAUAGCAUGGAUUCAAGAUUGCGACUUGCAUCAUCCCCAAUGUCAUCCCGCCGAUAGAUCACGCGCCCAACCACCAACUCGCCUGAUUGAAGUGGGUCAAGUUGAUGGUGGAAGCCCGAAGGUCUUCCUUCGCGAGACAGUGAACGUCCAGUGUCCGACGGGAGGUGAGCUGAAAUACAUCGCCCUGUCACAUCCUUGGGGCAAUGGGAAAGAACACGAUCAUUUCUGCACUACAAAUAACAACCUUGACGGUCGAUUGAGUGCUGGCAUUGAGAUAAAAGCAUUCCCGAACACAUUCAGACAUGCAAUCGAGGUGACUCGAGCACUUGGUGUCCCAUACCUCUGGAUUGAUUCGCUGUGUAUUGUACAAGGACCUGGCGGGGACUUCGACACGGAAGCCAAAAGAAUGGAGCUUGUUUUCAGCUCGGCAUAUUGUGUCAUUGCCGCAAGUCGGGCCAAUGGAACAUCAAGUGGCUUUUUGUGGGAAAGACCUGAGCGCGAAGUGGUAAGGCUGGAUGGAUAUCUUGCCCAUGAUUCUGUUUACGCUUGUGAAGCCAUUGAUAACUUUCAGCACGAUGUAAUUGAGGGGGCUCUGAACAGACGCGGAUGGGUUCUGCAAGAGCGUGCUCUUGCGCCAAGGACCAUAUAUUUCACCGAGAACCAGACGUAUUGGGAGUGCGGCCAGGGAGUGCGUUGCGAGAAGUUGACAAGGUUGACCAAACAAUACUCUAAACUCGAGUUUACGAAGAUCCAUGACCGACCCAUAGCGAUAGCCGGGCUAGAACAACGGCUGGUCAGUGCUUUCAAGACGGAAGGCGGAUACGGUGUGUUCAAUGGAGCAUUCUUUGGGCGCAGCCUUUUAUGGACAAGGGAUACCCAGCAAAGUGAUCGCCUGAAAUUGAUUGACUUUCCCCGAGAUCAGAAGUUCAGAGUCCCAACAUGGUCGUGGACAGCAUACGAAGGACCCAUCACAUACUUUGACAUACCGUUUGACCAUGUUCGAUGGACAUACAACACUGCCGAAGGAAGAAUUCAAUCGCCAUGGACGACCAUGGAAUCAGACUCUACCUCAUUCUCAUUACAUACAGGAGAACUAAAUGGAAGAAUUGAUCUUACUGCCCCAGCAAGGGAGAUAUUCGAUCUGGAAUUAGCCGAGAUGCAAGGAAAGGUCAUCUACGACGAAGGAAAGUCGCCGCCGGGUGUACGUAAGCUAUGCGUUAUUGUUGGACGCGAAAAGUCAAGAGAUGAAGGAUGCAAGAUGCAGGACCUUGAGUAUUAUGCUUUAAUCAUUGCGCCCUUUGAUGAUCCCAGCGAUGGCUUUUGCCGAAGGAUUGGUGUUGGUAGAUUAUUGGAAAGCUGGAUUGACUUUGCUAACCCUGAGUUAAGAGUACAUAUCUCGUAG